UAAGAGUCCGCAAUCCUUGUCCUCUGUCUCUCUAUAAAAGUCACCCAUUUUUAUCAUUUGCUGAAGGUCAGCGUCACUCAUUCCUAUAAACCAAAAAAAAAAAAUCAUAAAAUCAAUAAAAAAAACCCACUUCUUUUCUUCAUUUUUCUUCUCCUUCUGAUCUCGCCCUGAAUUUCUCAAACUGAAUACAGCAUUUACUCUGUUUUUUUUUUUCUCUGAAAAAAAAAAAAAAGUAGUAAUUAAGAAUGGAGGGACUGCCCCCCGGUUAUCGUCCUAACGUUGGUGUCUGUCUAAUCAACUCUGAUAAUCAGGUUUUUGUAGCUUCGAGAUUGAAUGUUCCAGGAGCUUGGCAGAUGCCUCAGGGCGGUAUUGAAGAAGGUGAGGAGCCAAGAUCUGCAGCUAUCAGGGAAUUGAAAGAAGAAACUGGAGUAAUGUCUGCUGAAAUUAUUGCUGAGGUUCCUAAUUGGUUGACAUAUGAUUUUCCUCCUACGGUAAAGGCCAAAGUGAAUCGACUCUGGGGAGGUGAAUGGCAUGGGCAGGCACAGAAGUGGUUUCUUAUGAGACUAACAAAAGAUGAGAGUGAGAUCAACUUAGCAAAUAGAGAGGCAGACCCAGAAUUUGCUGAGUGGAAAUGGGCAACCCCUGAAGAAGUUGUUGAGCAGGCAGUGGACUACAAAAGGCCGACAUACGAAGAAGUUAUGAAGACCUUCAGGCCUUACUUCAGUGACAAUAGCAAAGCCGCUAAAUGUAAAUCGACGAAAUGGUGAACGCCAUGGGUGUGUUUUUGUAGGUUUCUUUCCAUGUUUCUUUUUUCUUUUUUGGUUGGUAGUGAUUAUAUUUGGACUCUCUUAAUCCAUCUUUGCUCUCUGUAAAUGGAUAUGAAAUUAGAACUUCCAAAUUUAAAUCACUGUUUCCUUGUAAUAAAAUCUUUGUGCAAUUAUAUAUUGUUUUGUUUGUUGAUUUA